AUGUCGUUCUCUAAAUGUGCCGCUAUCGUCGGCGCCGUCGUUCUUCCAUGGUUAGGAGCAGCAAUUCCCGCAGCGCCAGCGCCGGCAGCAGCACCGGUAGCUCCGAGAGCCGAAUGUGCUCCGGUUCCGUCCGCGGGGAAGUAUCCCACAUGGCAGCAGCUUCCAAAGCAGACAACACUUCCGGAUCCUUGGUUACCGCUAGCAUAUACGACGACCGAUAGCGAAGGUGGUGACGCAGCGACAUUCCCGGCCGAUGUGAUGGCAGGAAAGGGAAAGAACCGAAUUCAAACUCCUGAAGAGUGGUACCAAUGCCGACAACCCGAGAUCCUACAGAUGUUGCAAGAGUACCAAUACGGUUACUACCCGGACCACUCAAAGGAAACGGUCAAGGCGACACGAAGCGGUAACACGGUCAACAUCGAAGUAACGGCGGGCGGAAAGACGGGCAAAUUCAGCGCGACACUAGCCCUGCCCUCGGCUAGCCCGGCUCCUGUGGUCAUCAACAUUGGCGGCAUGACCAACCAACCGUACCUACAAGCCGGUAUUGCUGUCGUCGGCUUCGAUUAUACCCGCGUCGCGGCCGAUAGUAACGCUAAGACGGGGGCGUUCUGGGAUAUUUAUAAGGGCGAGGAUAUCGGCGUCCUUACAGCAUGGGCCUGGGGCUUCCACCGUGUUCUCGACGCGCUCAACGCUACUGUCCCCGAAAUCGAUAGCACACGCGUCGGCGUAACAGGAUGUUCACGUCUCGGUAAAGCAGCUCUCGCAGCUGGUCUCCUCGAUACGCGUAUCACAUUGACGAUGCCAAUGAGUAGCGGAGUACAAGGAUUAGGGCCGUACCGAUACCAUGGACUAAGUGGACAGGAUGAGACGCUAGAGAACAGUAAGAGUGGUGCUGGCUGGUGGACGGAUGCGACAUUGGGCACUUUCGUUAACCACGCCGAGAACUUGCCAUACGACGCUCAUACCAUCGCUGCUGCUAUCGCGCCUCGUGCCCUCGUUAUCGAUCAGGGUACUGGUGAUCAAUUCACGAAUUCGAAGGGUACUGCUGUUGUGGUGUAUCCGGCUGCUAAGUUGGUAUAUGACUGGCUAGGUGUUAGCGAUCAGAUUGCGAUGUCUGUUCGUGGUGGUGGUCAUUGCGAUAUGAGUGGAUUUAACAGUGUUCUUCCCUUCGUAACAAAGGUUCUUCAGAAUCAAACCAUCACCAAAGAUUAUAACGACCUUGGUAGCUACGGCUCCCCGAUGACGACGACAUAUCCUUGGGCCACAGCAGUUCCCAAGGCAGCUUGAUUCAUAAAAAAACGGUGUUGGGACGUGUUAGGGAUUCCAUUAUGUAAAAAGAUCCAUGCUGGCAAAAUAGGGACUCCUUCAAAAUCAAUUGUGCUUGGUAUCUACACGAAAAUCAAUGAUGUGACUUGACCAUAACGCCCCAAG